GGUUUCCAUUCAGAGUCAUCAACCGCAGUCAUGAAAUUACUAUUCAUUCUGGUCGUGGCUUUAGUCGGCUCUGCAAUUGCAGACGACGAUGCCGAUGAGAAGGUUUGGACUGAAGACGAAGUCGAGGAUAUUUUGGCCAGUGCAACUAGCGACGCGACUGCAACUGUCCCUGUACUAAUUGCCAACAACGGAUACACAGCCGAGACCCACUACGUGACGACCGACGAUGGUUACAUACUGCAAAUGCAUCGUAUCCCUGCAACUCCUACGAGUGCCGCAUCCGAUGACAAACCUGUCGUGUUCCUCAUGCACGGCCUGCUGUCUAGUUCUGCUGACUGGGUGAUCAUGGGACCUGGAAAGGGUUUCGCUUACAUCUUAGCCGAUGCCGGAUACGACGUGUGGAUGGGCAACGCAAGAGGAAAUACGUACUCCAAGAAUCACACCACCUUGACAGAUUUUACUGGCAAAGACUUCUGGUACUUUGACUGGCAUCAAAUUGGCUACUACGAUCUCCCCGCCAUGAUUGACUACGCUCUUGAAACAACGGGUCAGGAGAAAUUAUUCUACAUGGGUCACAGUCAAGGCACAACUUCGUUCUACGUGAUGGCCUCUAUGAGGACCGAUUACAACGACAAGAUAAAAGCCAUGUUCUCUCUGGCGCCCGUUGCUUACAUGUCGAAUCUGAAGAGUCCGGUAUUGCAAUUAGCUGCCACCUUCGUGUCUAGUUUGACGUCUCUCUUCAAGCUCAUCGGUGUUUACGAGUUCUUGCCCACCAGCACUUUCCUUAGCAAAGUUGGAGCUACCUUCUGCAACGACGAUGCUCUGACACAAGUCCUUUGCAGUAACAUCCUAUUCAUGUUGGCCGGUUUCAACAAGGCUCAAUUGAACGCUACUAUGCUGCCAACUAUCCUUGGACAUACCCCGGCUGGAGCCUCAUCUCGACAAAUCGUUCACUACGGUCAAGAAGUUCGAUCUGGCAAGUUUAGGUAUUACGACCAGGGUUGGAUCUCGAAUUUGUGGAACUACGGGUCGAUCAGCGCACCGGACUACGAUCUCAGCGCGAUUACAGCUCCUGUUCACUUGCUCUACAGUGACAAUGACUGGAUGGCUGCUGUAACAGACGUCACACAGUUGUACUCUGAGCUUGGAAACCCAAUUGAAAUGUACCGAGUGCUCGAUGGAAAAUGGAAUCACCUUGAUUACCUCUGGGGUAUCAAUGCCAAGGAACUCGUCUACGAUCCCAUCAUUUCUAUGAUAGAAGCAAACUACAGCGACUAAUUGUACGACGAGUCAUGUAAUUUGUGUCCAAACCGGAAUUUUAUUAUAACAAUACAUAUUCAAGUAAA